UAUUUGAGUGAAGAAUUGUUUUUGCGUGUACCAAGGGCAUGAAGCAAGACAUUGUUUGGAUUUGAAGCCUUGCACUGUCGAACAAACUUAGGCAAAAAAGCGAUCAUAUCAUUCGAACGGGCCGUCGUCCUUCCACCCUUCAACACCCUGGUCCAAGCUUCUCGGGGAAUAGAAGAAACAAGUCUUGCCGGCUCAUAAGAACUGGAUUUUUAAUCCCUCAUGAGACAGAGGAACUUCCUUGACUUCAUUCAGAGUUCCGCAAUUUCUAAGGCUUCUACCCCGCUCCUCCUCAAAUGAUCAAAGCAGAAUACACAAACAAGGAUCGAUAGUACUGUAGUAGUCUCUAGAAGAACGACGCAUGAGGGUGUCAAAAGUGGGACCAGAAUACAAUUCAUUCAAAAUGUGGGGCUCCUUUGGGGUUGUGUGUCUAAUUUUCGCAACCUCUGCAAAUGCGGCCAAUGUUCUGGAGACCAUGGAAGCCAAAAGUGUGGAACAGUUCAUUCAACAAAUUACCAACACCCCCACGGCGACUCAAUUUAUUCAAAAUGAAAUCACAGUUUUUGCCCCUUCCAACGACGCCAUGAACAAGUUCGACGGGCCUAAAGACGAGAACUUCGUUCGCAACCACAUGGUGAACAUUGCGGUCAGGAUUGGUGGCAAUGGUGAGCCCUCUCGAAUCACCCAAGUCCCAUCCAUGUUGCCAGGAUCUCCUCCUUUGUACGUGACCAAAGAUGGGGGCAACUUUUAUGUCAAUGGGGCCGAACUGAUCAUGCGGAACCUAAAGGCCAAGUCGGAUACCACCGACAAAGUCCAAUACCUGCACAUCAUAGAUCGGGUCCUCGAGCCUUUGACUCCUCAGGAUGGAGAUUCGCAGACCCUUGUGGGUUUAACGGCGGGGAAAUUGCUCCGGGAGAGUGAUAAAUUUCGAAUUGGAGAGUCCACCAUUGCAGAGUUCACAUCGCAAGUCCGUUCCAAGAACAAAUUGGACUUGUUCGAGGCCCCUGGUCAACACACGUUCUUUGUCCCCGUGGAUUCUGCUUUCCAGAAUCUCUCUAAAGAAUUGGUGGAUGAAAAUGUCAUUCGAGGACACGUGGUUCCAAAUACCUUGCUCUUUACUCGACCAAUCUUAAAAUCCGAGGCCAAAACCGCCACGUACACGGAGGGCAGCAGUAUCAAGGUCACAGCCUCCAUUCAGAACACGCCUAGCGGACCGCAAGUCAAAUCCAACACAGUUCAGGGUAAUCGGCAUCACACGAGGGAACAUGUCCUGGCCAACGUGGUUCGUGCCAAUAUUCCCGUCUCCAAUGGAAUCGUCCACUUGAUUGACAAGCCCUUGGUGAUUAUUGCCAACCCGUUGUCCGAGUAUCUGGCCCUGGAGGAGCAACAAGGGGGACGCCUCAGCCGAUUUGCCCGCUACGUGCGAAAGUUUGCGCCCGAUCUCCAAACGUUGAUUGAAUCAACCAAGACUGGAACCGUGUUUGCCCCCACGGAUGAUGCAUUUGGGUCCAUGACAGAAGCCGAAAUGGAGGAGAUUCUUCAAGACCCCGAGGAAGCUCAAAAGAUCCUCGGGAUGCACUUUGUAGACCAAAGAAUUGCUUCAGACGAUAUCCGCAUCACGCAACCCCAAAAUGAUGAAGGCAUGUUCGGCGUCAAUGUUCCCUUCCCUGAAACUUCCAAAGAUAAAGUCUGGUUCUACUACGAUCCGGAUUCCCACUCUUUGAUGGUGGAUGCCGUGGGUGUGUCGGCCAAGGUCACGGAGGCGGACGUAGGGGCGUCCAACGGCGUGAUUCAUGUGAUUAACCGAGUCUUUGGACUUCCAUCGCAAUCCGUCUUCGACAAACUGGCCACGGACCCAAUGUUAUCGUCGUCGUUUUCAUUGGGCAAUCAAGAUCAUUUCAAUGAUCGUUUGAGCAAUCCCGAGGAAUCGUUCACAUUCUUUGUUCCCACCAAUAAGGCUUGGGAACUGAUUCAGAAGCAAUCGGCGAGCACUCACAAGAUUCUCUUCAUGGGCGCGUUUUCGUAUCAGAGCCAAUCCCUGCUGGAGAGGCACUUCAAAAUUGGAGAAGCUCUAUCAGUGGAGGAGAUGGUCGAGCGAACCGAGGAUAAUGGGGAAGGAGUGGAAAUGUUGCGGGGGACGAGCCCUCUGAGCGUGGGCAUGGACACUGACGAAGAUGGGGAAUAUGCCUACGUGGAGUGGGAAAAUAUUCGGGCCAAGAUUAUUCGACCCAAUCUCAAAUGUUCCAACGGCUACGUUCACAUCUUGGAUCGUGUGCUCAUGAAGCCGAGAGACGUAGUACUCUCAGGUGCACCUGAUCCCUACCAGUCGACAAGCCUGUGGCCAAUUACAGCAUUGACAAGUGUCCUCUCGUGGUCCGUGAGCCGAGCUCUUCUCUGAGGAUAAAGUCACAUUUGUACAGCCAGCUCCUUACAUACACACAUACAUAAACUUGAGUGCGAGAGCAUCGGGCACUGUGGUCCAUCAUCAUUACACACAAAAAAAAGGAAAUCGCGAGACUGAUCCCUAGUCAAUAAAGGCUUUUGAUACCGUUGA